AAGGGAGGAUUUCGCAAUCGCUGGUACGGAGAAAGCGAUAAUGGCUUUGAGCAGCGGCGGAAGCCUUCCCUUCAUAAGAGCCGUCGGACCGGAUGCUCCGAAUCGGAACGGCGAUGCCGUUCCUUCUCUCCGUCUCUCCGUCCCUAAGCCGUGUUGGAUUGUCCGAACUGAGUCAAAUGUUCGAAAAAUGGUGAGGAAGAAACCAGACCCUCCUUGCGUUGUCUGCAAUGGCAGUGGAACAGUUGAUUGUCUAUCUUGUCGCGGAAAAGGAAGGACGAAUUGUGUGCAUUUACCGAUGCUUCCAAAUGGGGAAUGGCCAAAAUGGUGCAGGGAUUGUCGUGGCAGUGGACUUGGCUUGUGUACCCGUUGCCUUGGAACCGGAGAGUACAGGCAUAUCAUGGGCUUCAGCUUCAUGAAGAUGGAUUCUGAUCAAAAUCACAAGCAGCAGCCACCACAAGUUGGAUUUAACUCCAAUUCAGGACCUCAUACUGCAGCUGAUCGACUCCUGAAUGAAGACUUAUGGAACGACCAGGGAAGAUAGGACUUUGGUCUGGAAGCCAAAACAACUAAUUUUAGCCAAUGGAGAUACUGUAAAGUGGAUGAGGGAACUCGGAAAUUCUUGAGAGUUUACAAUUCACAUCCUCCUCCUCUGAAAUUGCAGAAUAAGUAAUUGCAGAAUAAGUUUGAUGAGGAAAAUAUAGAUGGCUCACAAACCAUUAGACGUGAUUUGUACUGGGAAUUGCAGAGCAUCCAAAUUCUGUAAAGUUGCAUACCUGCACUGCCACAGGAGACUAGACUGUAAUGUUAUCUGUGUUGUUUGGCUCUUGAGGCCACAGCUGCAUUUAAAGUGAAAUUUCUUCUCUAA